AUGACGGCUGGUUGCUCGGCAGCAAGCCCGACGCCGGACGGGCACCAGAACCUCGGGGUCGAGGAACGCACGGGCAAUGGUCGAAAAGCUUACUGGACGAUGGACAGGGGUGCGAAGACGUUCUUCACUGUUGAGAAUGAGGGAAAUGGCAGAUGGGAGGUCAAGAGAGUGCUGACCAUGCUUGCUUGCUCUCGUUUGGGGGAACCCAGACACGCAGAUUCCGAGCCAGCACUCUUCAAGGCAGAGCAACCAUACAACACUGGGGGCGCCCGCACCAGCACCCGCGACGCACCGCACCGCACCGCCAAAAUGCAGCAGCGCAACACGGCAGGACAUCUGCAUCGCAUCAGCCCCCUGGUCCCGGCUGAAGCUCUGGCCAUGGCCGCCUGUGAUUGGCUCAUCUCGAGGACGUCCUCUUCGACCUCCUGUUUACCUCUCAACUUCCCUCGAUUCCCCGCAUCGCCGCUAUUCAAGUCGCACACUCUCUGCGAUCUCCCCAUUCUGAGUCUAUAUACCACCAUGCCUGUCGAGCUUCGCAAGCGCAAGGCCCCCGAGCCUGCUCCGGCUCCGGCGCCCAAGAAGGCCUCGUCCAAGGUCGCCAAGGCGGCCGACAAGGUCAAGGGCGCCGUCAAGGGCAAGGCCGAGAAGCCUGCCGAGAAGCCUGUUGAAAAGGUUGCCGAGAAGCCCGUCGAGAAGCCCGCCGCUGCCAAUGGCUCUGGCAAGAAGGUCAAGGCGGCUAAGGGUGAGACAAUCGACCUCGACGGCUUCGGCGGCGACAUUGAGACCAAUGAUGGCGAGAAGACGACCCUAAAGGAGCUCGUCGACAAGAGCAAGGCCGGCGUCGUCCUCUUCACCUACCCGAAAGCCUCGACUCCCGGAUGCACCAAGCAAGCCUGCCUCUUCAGAGACUCGUACGAGCCGCUUACCAAGACGGGUUUCGCCAUCUACGGCCUGUCCAUGGACUCGCCCAAGGCCAAUACCACCUUCAAGGAGAAGCAGAAGUUGCCUUACCCGCUGCUCUGCGACCCCAAGGCGACCCUGAUUGCUGCCAUUGGCCUGAAGAAGCCGCCCAAGAGCACCCAGCGCGGCGUCUUUGUCGUCGACAAGGCCGGCAAGGUCCUCAUCGCUGAGCCCGGUAGCCCCGCGGGCACCGUUGACGUCGUCACGGCGCUGAUUGAGGGCGGCGAUGUCGACGGUGCCGAGGAGGCCGCGACUGAGGCCCCUGCCGCCGAUGCCAAGGAGGAAGAGGAGGCGGCCAAUGGAGAGGUCAAGGCUGAUGAGGAGAAAAAGGAGGAUGCUGCCGAUGAGGCCGAGAAGAAGGAUGAGAAGAAGGACGAGUAA